AUGUUUUGUGAAAAAAUUUCAUUGAAUAUUGAUAGGUCAUCAGUAACAAAAAUUUUACUUGAUAAAGAAAAAUGGUUGGAUGCUUCGUCUAUAACCCAUCAUAAUGCUUUUUGCUGUAGACAAGUGAGGUUUCCUGAACUAGAAAAGGCAAUGAACAUAUGGAUUGGACAAGUCAGUGCAAAUGGCCUAACCAUCGUUUGA